ACCCUAAACUUGUAAACGCAAACACUCGAAAGAAAAAGAGGUGUUACUCUCCGGCCUCUCCCCUUCCUUCACUCAGCCGCCUGUUUUACAAAUCCUAUUUUCACUCGCUUAUCAAUUCAUUUGAUUUCUUCAUCCUUCCUUCCUUACUUGUUCAAAAUAGCAGGAUAGAUAUAGUUAAGCAGAGACAGUGGUGGUUGCCAGCUAUGGAAAAUCUAGCUAAUACCAAUAAUAUUCAUAAUAAUGCUGAUUCUAAUUCAAAGAAGAAAAAACGAAAGAGGAACAAGAACAAAAAAUUUGAAUCUGUAGGAGUAGACCAACACCCCGUUAGUGAUGACGUCACACACCUCCCUGAAAUUCAAGAGGCCUUGGAGGUGAAAGACAAGUCCAAAAAGAAGAAACUUAAAAAGAUGGUUCAAAAAGAAGAUGCGCAGAAUGACGAAGCGGUAGAGGAAGAAGGCGAUAGGGACGAGGAGGAGAAGCAGACAAAGAAGAGGCUCAAGAAGAGUAAAAAGAUGAUUGAAAAGCAGGACGAAGACGACGAUGAUGAAAUGCAGGAUGAGGAUGCAGCAGAGGAGGUAAAAAAGGUGAAAAAGAAGGGCGUUGAUACUGGGAUUAUGAGUAGUGAUGCUUUUACUGAUUUGCCCUUAUCCGAACCAACCAAGAAAGCUAUUCUCGAUUUGGGUUUUCCAUUUAUGACUCAGAUUCAAGCCAGAGGAAUUCCUCCUCUUUUGGAAGGAAAGGAUGUUCUUGGUGCUGCAAGAACUGGUUCUGGUAAAACUCUAGCCUUUCUUGUUCCUGCAAUCGAGCUGUUAUAUCAUGCUCACUUUGCUCCACGAAAUGGGACUGGUGUCGUUGUCAUUUGCCCAACACGAGAGCUUGCAAUACAGACUCAUGCGGUUGCAAAGGACCUUCUCAAGUAUCAUUCGCAGACUCUUGGUCUGGUUAUUGGUGGUGCAGCACGAAGAGGUGAGGCAGAGCGUAUUGUGAAGGGAGUUAAUUUGUUGGUAGCUACUCCUGGCCGACUUCUUGAUCAUCUACAAAACACGAAAGGGUUUAUUUAUAAGAACCUGAAGUGUUUCGUCAUUGAUGAAGCUGAUAGAAUAUUGGAAGCCAACUUUGAAGAAGAAAUGAAGCAGAUUAUUAGAAUCUUACCGAAGACAAGGCAAACUGCUCUUUUUUCUGCCACUCAGACCAAGAAGGUUGAGGACCUUGCACGCUUAUCGUUUCAGAAUACUCCAGUUUAUAUUGAUGUAGAUGAUGGGAGGUCCAGGGUGACUAAUGAAGGUUUGCAACAAGGAUAUUGUGUGGUGCCGAGUGCAAAGAGACUUCUACUUCUUUACUCUUUCUUGAAAAGAAAUUUGUCCAAGAAAGUGAUGGUUUUCUUUUCAUCGUGCAAUUCAGUGAAGUUUCAUUCGGAGCUUCUUCAGUUUAUCAAAAUUGAAUGCUUUGAUAUUCACGGGAAGCAAAAGCAACAGAAGCGAACUUCGACAUUCUUUGAUUUCUGCAAAGCAGAGAAAGGAAUAUUGUUAUGUACUGAUGUUGCUGCUCGUGGUCUUGAUAUCCCUUCUGUGGACUGGAUUGUGCAGUAUGAUCCUCCAGAUGAGCCUAAGGAAUAUAUUCAUCGGGUUGGUCGAACAGCACGUGGAGAAGGUGCAAAAGGGAAUGCAUUGCUUUUCCUUAUUCCCGAAGAGUUGCAGUUUCUUAAAUUCCUCAAGGCUGCAAAGGUUCCAGUAAAGGAGUAUGAGUAUGAUGAGAAGAAGAUUUCUAAUGUGCAGUCUCAUCUGGAAAAGUUGGUUGCUAGCAAUUAUUACUUGAACAAAUCGGCUAAAGAUGCAUAUAGAUCAUACUUGUUAGCAUAUAAUUCACAUUCCAUGAAGGAAAUCUUUAAUGUUCAUCGCCUCGAUAUGCAGGCGGUUGCAGCAUCAUUCUGUUUUUCAAACCCUCCAAAGGUAAACCUGAACAUAGAUAGCAAUGCAUCAAAGUUCAGACAAAAAACACGAAGCCGGAAUGGAUUUAGUGAAAGUAAUCCUUAUGGCAGGAACCGUGGUGGAGAUGAUGGCAAAACCCAAAUCGUAAGAUAUUAGCCAGAUGUGGCCAUGCCAAAUUUUGAAAGCUAAUUUUGUUAUUAUACUUUAAGUUAUGCUCUUUUUAUCGCAUUUGAGUUUUUAUUGCAUUGACUUUGGAAGUAGGUUUUAGCUUCUUUAUUAUGAAGCUGUAGUGUAUUUCUGUUGAGAGCACUUUUAGCAUUAUAUGUUCUUGUUAUUGAGUGUAUGUCCUUUUUUAGCACUGAUUACCAGGAAUUGAUGACCAUAUGGCCUUUAGUA